UCAUUUUUGGCCCAAAUCCUUUUUCACAUUCAUAUAAAAUACCCAUAACCUUUCUUCUCCUUCAUUUCCCCAUUCGUCUUCCUCCUCUGUUCCUAACUCCCGGCGAUAAAAAAUGGAAUCUUCUCCAAGACCCAAGCUUUACCCAACCAUCGACACUUCAACCACCACUCCUCCACUCCCGAGCUCUUCUACUAACAACCUCUACCCCUCACUCGACGUGGAUGAUCUCGUCAACAACAUCUUCCCGGAGCAGUCCUCGACAGCCUCUGCUCCUCCGGUGGCGACGGAGGAAGUGAUCCUCACAAUCCACGGCGCGAUUCUCCACCUCAUCGACAAAUCCUACAGCGUCGAGCUCGCCGUCGGAGAACUCCAGAUCCUCCGUCUCGUUCACGGAGACAUCACCGUCGCGGUUUUCGCCCGCGUCGCCGACGAGAUCCAGUGGCCGUUGACCAAAGACGAACCCGCCGUGAAGGUAGACGAGUCUCAUUACUUCUUCUCGCUCCGACCCGUUAACGAACCCGGGUCGGAUCACCCCGCCGACGCCGACGACCCGGAUAUGCUGAACUACGGGCUCACCAUCGCUUCAAAAGGACAAGAGCCCCUCCUGGAGAAGCUGGACGAGAUCCUAGCGGACUACAGCAGCUUCACGGCGGAGAAAGUCGAAACCUUGACGGAUUUAACGGCGGCGAAGGAGACGUCGCCGGCGGAGCUGACGGGGAAGAGGAAGAGGAUGGUGGAGAAGCAAUGCACGGCGUACUGGACGACUCUGGCUCCGAACGUGGAGGAUUACAGCGGAGUCGCGUCGAAGAUGGUCGCCGCCGGUUCCGGACAGCUGAUCAAAGGGAUACUCUGGUGUGGAGAUGUGACGAUGGAUCGUCUCAUGUGGGGUAACGACUUCAUGAAACGGAAGCUGACCAAAGCAGAGAAGGAGAGAGAAUUUAGCCCUUCCACUCUAAAACGUCUCAAAAGAGUGAGGAAGAUGACGAAGAUGACGGAGAAAGUGGCGAAAGGAGUGCUCUCUGGUGCUGUGAAAGUCUCUGGAUUCUUCACGAGCUCGGUGGUGAAUAGCGCAGCUGGGAAGAAACUAUUUGGUCUUCUUCCUGGAGAGAUGGUUCUUGCAACACUUGACGGUUUCAACAAGGUUUGUGAUGCUGUUGAAAUAGCGGGAAAGAACGUUAUGAAAACAACUUCAACUGUCACUACUGAGAUAGUCGAUCACAAGUAUGGAGCAAAGACAGCAGAGGCGACAAACGCAGGGCUUGGAGCAGCAGGGCAUGCUCUUGGAACGGCGUGGACAGUUUUCAAGUUAAGACAAGUUCUUAACCCAAAGAGUGCAGUUAAACCAUCGUCGUUGGCUUCAACCGUAAUUAAAACGGCAGCUAAAGAACGGAAGAAGGGGAAAAGAGUUCUAAGUAGAGGAGUUUUGGACAUCAGUCUCAUUGCCUUGGUACAGAAGCAAUGAGCAGAUCAAAAGAAAAUAUUAGGGUUUUUGGUUAUUGUUGUUGGUGCAUGUGUUUUACCUUCUUUGAGUGAAUAUAUUUAUACAGACAUUGAUACAAUUUUUUUAAUUGGGUUUGACUGGUGAACUUCAAAAUAUCAUUGUGAGAAUGAUAAUGUUUUCUUUUUGUA